AUGGAGCAUAAUGAAAAAUCUCCUAUUGAUCAGAAAUCGUGUGAUGAAUGUGAGGAGCCAGAAAUUGACAAGGAGCCACCAUGUCCAUCACAAUGCCCAGAUAGGCAGUGCAAGGCCUAUCAGACCAAGUCCAAAUUUGACCCUGAAACUAAGCCAAUAGUAUGGAUAAUAGGUGGGCCAGGAUCUGGCAAGUUCACCCAAUGUGCCAAGAUGGUGGAAACAUAUGGAUUCACCCACUUGUCCACCGGAGAUCUGAUUAGAGAAGAAGUGAAGGCUGGAACUCCAAGAGCCAAGUGCCUGGGCUCUAUUGUGGAGCGAGUUCGGUCAUCGGAGGUCGGUAAGAUAAUCCUAACUAACAAGUUGAAAGCGGUAGGUGGCCUAGUACCCAACGACGUAGUUCUGGCUAUACUGAAGGACGCCAUGGAAGAAGCUGCUAAAAAAGGAACACACGGCUACCUAAUUGAUGGGUACCCGCGCGAGAAAUCUCAAGGUGAAGAGUUUGAGAGGACUAUUGGACCGGUUACUCUGAUAUUGUAUUUAGAGGCUUCACCCCGCAUCUUAUGCUGCCGGCUACUAGGCCGUGCAGAAGCAUCAACAGAAGAUAACAGAAGAUUAGAUGAUAAAUACAGCGUCAUCAAAUUGCGCAUAGCAACCUUCAUCGAGAAUAACCAGGGCAUCUUAGAGCGCUAUGGCAACAAAGUUAAAAGGAUCAAUGCGGAACAAUCUCCAGAUGAUAUUUUUUUAGAAGUGCGGACAUACUUAGAGCCAGUUGUAGCACAAGCAGCUCUGAUGGAAGCUGAGAAAAAACAAGCGGAAGCUGAGGAAAAGAUGAAAGCUGUGGGAGCCUUGCCACGUUCUUCAAUGCCCUUAGCUCGUUUUUUUAGGCCCAAAAGUGUAGAUGUCGACAGUAAACGUUUAGCAGCUGUGGCCGAAGUUGCUGAUGCCGAAGCUAGGGUCACAGCUGCUCGUAACGCUGCCGAAGCUGCCAGGGCUAGAUUGGAGGAAUUUGAAGAACGCAAUAGCAAAAACCAUAAAUAA